AUGGUUUCCUUCGAGAUGAAUGAUCGGAAAAAGAUUGGACUAGGAUUGACAGGAUUUGGCAUAUUUUUCUCAUGCCUGGGAAUCGUUUUCUUCUUCGACAAGGGACUACUCGCAAUGGGAAAUAUCCUCUUCUUCUCAGGAGUGACUUUAACCAUUGGAUUUAAGCCCACGAUGCAAUUCUUCAUGAAACGUCAAAAUUAUAAGGGAACAAUCUCUUUUAGUCUUGGCUUCUUCUGUGUGAUCAUAGGAUGGCCUAUUGUGGGCAUGCUUUUGGAAGGAUAUGGUUUCAUCGUACUCUUCAGCGGCUUCUGGCCAACACUGGCAGUUUUUCUUCAGAAGAUUCCAGUUCUUGGUUGGCUAUUUCAACAACCAUAUAUUAGAUCGGAAUCAGGAGCCAUUGUUCAAUACGAGAUAAUGUAA